GUAAAAGCACGUAAUUUCAGGGAGGCAAUUGUUUGUAUGAGACUGAAGAUUUCGUCAUCUUCGACUCCGUAACUCCAACGCGAGCGAGACAGCGAGAGAGAGAGAGAGAGAGGAAGAGAGGGAGAGUAAGCGCGAGGGAUAAAGAAAACGUAGCCACAGGAAAUGGAUAGUUCAAAUGGGCUAGGUGCCAAUGGUCUGGAUGUGUUUUUACAAAAUUACAAGCUUGGAAAAACACUUGGCAUUGGUUCCUUUGGCAAGGUGAAAAUCGCAGAGCAUAUCUUGACUGGCCAUAAAGUUGCUGUAAAGAUCCUUAACCGUCGGAAAAUAAAGAACAUGGAAAUGGAAGAAAAGGUGAGAAGAGAAAUCAAAAUUUUGAGAUUGUUUAUGCAUCCUCAUAUAAUAAGACUUUAUGAGGUUGUAGAGACGCCAGCAGACAUCUAUGUUGUGAUGGAGUAUGUGAAGUCUGGAGAGCUCUUUGAUUACAUUGUGGAGAAGGGUAGGUUGCAGGAAGAUGAAGCUCGUAAUUUUUUUCAGCAGAUAAUCUCUGGUGUGGAGUACUGCCAUAGGAAUAUGGUGGUUCAUAGAGACCUUAAGCCUGAGAAUUUACUUUUGGAUUCCAAAUGGAAUGUGAAGAUUGCGGAUUUUGGUUUGAGCAAUAUAAUGCGUGAUGGUCAUUUUCUGAAGACAAGUUGUGGAAGUCCAAACUAUGCUGCCCCAGAGGUUAUCUCUGGAAAGUUGUAUGCUGGUCCCGAAGUGGACGUAUGGAGCUGCGGUGUUAUAUUGUAUGCCCUUCUCUGUGGCACACUUCCUUUUGACGAUGAAAACAUUCCCAACCUUUUUAAGAAGAUAAAGGGUGGGAUAUACACUCUUCCCAGUCAUUUAUCAUCUGGUGCAAGAGACUUAAUCCCAAGGAUGCUUGUGGUGGACCCAAUGAAGCGAAUGACCAUUCCUGAGAUUCGCCAGCACCCAUGGUUUCAGGCUCAUCUUCCACGUUAUUUAGCUGUGCCCCCACCAGAUACAAUGCAACAAGCGAAAAAGAUUGAUGAGGAGAUUCUACAGGAGGUGGUUAAGAGGGGAUUUGACAGGAACCAACUGAUUGAAUCUCUUCGCAACAGAUUACAAAAUAAGGCUACUGUUGCAUACUAUUUGUUAUUGGAUAACCGGUUCCGUCCUUCCAGUGGAUAUCUUGGAGCUGAGUUCCAAGAGACUAUGGAUGGUGGUUUCAAUCGUACGCAUCAAAAUGAGGCUGUUGCUUUGCCUGUUGGGCACCGCCUUCCAGGAUAUAUGGAGUAUCAAGGAAUGGGCAUGAGAUCACAGUUCCCUGUUGAGAGGAAAUGGGCUCUUGGACUUCAGUCCCGAGCUCAUCCUCGUGAAAUAAUGACAGAAGUCCUUAAAGCUCUGCAAGAACUGAAUGUGUGUUGGAAGAAAAUUGGGCAUUACAACAUGAAGUGCAGGUGGAUACCUGGCAUUCCUGGUCGACAUGAAGGCAUGAUGAACAAUCCUGUGCACAAUAAUCACUACUUUGGGGAUGAAUCUACCAUCAUUGAGAACGAUGGUGUUACCAACUCCCCAAAUAUUGUCAAGUUUGAAGUGCAGCUCUAUAAAACUCGCGAGGAGAAGUAUCUACUUGAUCUCCAAAGGGUCAAUGGCCCGCAGAUUCUCUUCUUGGAUCUUUGUGCUGCUUUCUUAGCACAGCUCCGGGUCCUCUAAAGCAAGAAGGCUAGGAUCACAAGAAGACAUUUGCCAUUGAAUCUCCUCUGAUGCUUGUGAAUAAGAAAUUUGCAAUGUAUAUAAACUUAGCCUUUCAGUUUGGUACCUUUUAUCCCGGUAUUUUUUCGGGUAUAGUUUGAGCCAUUCUUCGAUAUCUGAAUUGGCUCGCGCGUAAUCCGGGUUUUGGCUCAAGCUGCCUUUCCCUUGGAUUUUCCUUAAUGUUAUGACCCUGGUUGGCGAACCUGUCAUUCCAAUGGAGGAUGCUUCAUGAGCGAUUCGUGCCAUUGAUGUUUACCCAAUCUGGAUCAUAUAUGGAGCUCACUUUUGUACUUGUAUUGUAAAGUGUAUCUUCAUGUUCUAUUGAUGAUCCUGCCAACCGAUGUUUUUGAAA